AUGAUGGACGAAGAAGCCACGAGGCGUUACUGUCGGAUGAGUGACGACGGGCCGACGCACAAACCAGCCGAGCGAGGGAGUAAAGUUCAGGUUGGUCAAGAGGAGAAAGAGAUCACUGUCCUGCCGCGGAGCAAGACGGACCUGGCCGCCGCCGCCGAGAUGAAGAUGGCAGCGUUGGAGUCGUCCUCCUGCUGUUCGUCUUGUAUCAGUCUGAAGGACAGAUGUCCUCGACCCCAGGGACUCUUCAGCCUGCUCAUCACCAAAGUGUGUCUGUUCGCUCUGCUGUUCGGCGUCGUCUGGUCCAUCACAGGAAGCGAGUGUUUACCUGGAGGGAACCUGUUCGGCCUCGUCAUCCUCUUCAUCUGCUCCGUUCUCGGAGGGAAACUGGUGGGAAUGAUCCAACUGCCCACGGUGCCCCCCUUCCCCCCCCUGCUGGGUAUGUUGCUGGCUGGUCUGGUGUUGCGUAACGUUCCCUACAUAACGGACGCCGUCUUCAUCGACACUCACUGGUCUGCAGCCCUGAGGAACAUCGCCCUGUCAAUCAUCCUGACCAGAGCCGGCCUUGGCCUCGACCCCUCGGCGUUGAGUCGUCUGAAGGCCGUGUGUUUGCGUCUUGCGAUCGGUCCCUGUGUUGUGGAGGCCUCCAUCGUCGCUGUGGUUUCUCACUUCCUGCUGGGUCUGCCCUGGGACUGGGGCUUCAUACUGGGCUUUGUCCUGGCUGCAGUGUCUCCAGCCGUCGUCGUUCCUUCGAUGCUGCUCCUGCAGAGAGAAGGAUACGGAGUGGAGAAGGGAAUCCCCACCCUGCUGAUGGCUGCUGGGAGCUUCGAUGAUAUUUUAGCCAUAACAGGAUUCUCUACAUGUCUGGGAAUCGCCUUCUCUACAGGUUCCACAUGGAUGAAUAUCCUGAAAGGUCUCCUGGAGGUGGUGGGAGGGGUCAUAGCCGGGCUGGUUCUAGGUCUGUUCUUGUGCUGCUUCCCGAGCAAAGACCAGGAGGAGCUGGUGUUGAGAAGGACUCUUAUGCUGUUGGGUCUGUCCAUAUUUUCGGUCUUCUUCAGUCAUGUAAUUGGUUUCGCUGGAGCCGGUGGUCUCUGUACGCUGGUGCUGGCCUUCCUGGCCGCUCUGGGCUGGAAAACCGACAAGGCUCCGGUGGCGGCCAUGGUGGGUCAGUCAUGGGAUGUUUUCCAGCCUCUCCUGUUUGGUCUGAUUGGAGCAGAGAUCACCAUAUCAACCCUCAGCCCAAACACCGUGGGUCUGGGUCUGGCCUGUAUCAGUAUCGGUCUGGUGAUCCGUCUGCUUGUGACCUUCGGGCUGGUUCAUUUCGGAGGAUUCAACCUCAAAGAGAAACUCUUCAUCGCUGUGGCCUGGCUGCCCAAGGCCACCGUACAGGCUGCGAUCGGCUCGAAAGCUUUGGACAUGGCCAGAGAGAAGGGGGACGACGCCAUGAUCAAGUUUGGAUUGGAUGUGCUAACGUUAGCUGUGUUAGCCAUUCUCACAACAGCUCCCAUUGGAGCGCUGGGCAUCGGACUGGCGGGACCACGCCUCCUGGCCCGACAGGUCAAGGAUGAAACAGAGGGCGGAGCUACAAAUCCAAGCAGCAUCGGAAUUGGUCGAGAAAAAGAUAACGUGAACCUUGAGACCAAGCUAUGAGGCUUCUGAUUGGACAAACUGAAAACCACUAUAAAUAGCACUCCCUAUGUUCACCCUUUAUGUAGAUGAUAAACAAUGAUUUAUAUAUGUGCAUUUGCUGUAUGUUUCUUAAAUGCUUUGACAUGCUAAUGCUAGCUUUUGCUAGAUACUGCCACACACCACAUGUUCAGCUGCUGAUGUUACCACUGUUGUAUACGACCGGAUGAAGAUAAAUCACCGCCUAUUUCACACGACUGUAUGACUGCAACACUCACAGAUGAAAAUUGAUAAAUAACAAAAAUAAAAAACUCAAAGUUAA